AUGGACGCCGCCGCCGAGAGUGACAUGCCCAUGUCAUCCAGUAGGAGUGACAGGUUGGACAGCCCCAGGCACGAGGCGGGAUACGCGACUGAUAUUACUGAUCUGGUGUCUGAGACAUUGACCGCGAGCGGGCGAGGGUGGCACCCACCACCCAGAAAUCUGGUCAACCAUUCCAUCCCUCGCCGAGAUGUAAACUCGACGACACAUGGUGCGGCUUUCGGACAAGGUCUCAAGCCCUGGGAUGAGAAUGUCAACGUCCAGAACGCCGGAGAAGACCACAUCAUGUCGGGAACCGCUGCGGUUGAGCCCUCGACGCGCGCCUUCUUCGACCCUGUCGUCGAUGCGGUCGGGUCAUCAACAGAGUCGCGAGACCCUUACUGGUCACCCGAUGAGCCCAUCGAAGCGCUCAUGACAGGGACCGGCACGGCAAACCGCGAUGGAAACGGGACCUCCGGCAUUGAAUACACCGACGACUACUCUCAACGCAACUCGCUAUCGCCCCGUGGCAACCGUUCUGCGGCGUUCGAGCCUCAUUUGACGCAUCCCAAUGGAGUCCGCAUUCUGCCCGACAUGUCUGCUGAGCAGCAAGCACAAGAGUCGUCAGAGGCCACAACGCAAGCCGAGGGCUUCAUUGCGGUUGACAGGAACGAGCUAAAUCUUUUCGACGCGAGAGACUCAUCUGAUGCUGGUUAUGACACAGACACAGAGUCGAAUGUCAGCACAUCAAUUACGUCGUCGGUGAGAGACUUCAUGUACGAGAACGGGCGGCGAUACCAUCGUUUCCGAGAAGGGCGGUACAACUUCCCGAACGAUGAGGUCGAGCAGGAGCGCGAGGACAUGAAACAUGCCAUGGUUAAGCUUCUUUGUAGCCAGAAGCUCAACUUUGCACCGAUCGGGCGUUUCCCUCAGAACAUACUGGAUCUCGGAACCGGCACAGGCGCCUGGGCUAUUGAGAUGGGCGACCAAUAUCCAAGUGCCCAGGUUCUCGGUGUGGAUCUCAGCCCUAUUCAGCCAGACUGGGUGCCACCAAACGUCAAGUUCGAGGUUGACGAUGUCGAAAGUGCGUGGCUGUAUAAUGCAAACCACUUUGAUUACAUUCACUCGCGGCACACCGUUGUGGCCAUCAAGGACUGGGAGACGCUCCUCCAGAGAUCCCUCGAACACCUUAAGCCUGGAGGCUGGAUGGAGUUGCAGGAAAUGCACCAUUUCCCGGCCUCGGCCAACAAUUCACUAUCGGCAACGCACCCCGUUGCUGAGUAUUGGGGUCUCGUGGGUGAAGGGCUGGUGAAGCUCGGAGUCGACUUGGAGUUGGCGGCGGGGGACCGGCUGGCGAACAUGAUGCGCGAAGCAGGAUUCUGCAAUGUGACGGAGAGAGUUUUCCACGUUCCCAUAGGAACAUGGCCGCGUAACAGGGUGCUCAAGACCGUGGGGAUGUACUGGCGGACGAUCCUCCUGGAUGGACUCCAGGCCAUCGCGUUGGGGCCUUUCACGCGGGGCUUACAUUGGUCGGCGGAGCAAACGGAGCUUUUCCUCGUCAACGUCAGGAAGGCGUAUUAUGACAAUUCUGUGCUGAUGUAUAUGCCGCUCAAGGUGGUCUAUGGGCAGAAGCCGGUGGAGUUUGUGGAUGUGUAG